CGACGAACUGGUUUCCCAAGUUUCUCUAGAUUUUUCAAAAAUGAAGGUACGUGUGUAUUAAUUUAAAAUAGAAGCCUCAUUUUUCAACCAGCUCUUUCGCCUGGGUUCUGGAAAUCUGAGAAGUGUUCUCUCUUAUUUAUUGAUUAUUUAGAGGUUAGGUGAUACAUUUUGUUUUCAGGUUCCCGAUUUAAAAAAAGAACUGAAAAUGCGUGGUCUCAGCACAUCGGGCAACAAAACGGAGCUUAUUGAAAGACUUCAACGAGCGCUGAAGUCGUCCGAUAACGGUGGUACUGAGUGUGUGGAUGAUCUCGAAGAAGAUCUUUUAAAUGAUGAUGACGAUGAUCACAUUGAUGCUAACGAGUCUGUUCUGGAAAAUGUGUUGGAGGACUCGAUAACAUCACAGAAAAGGAAACUUGAGGAAGUUAAAAUGAAGCCAGAAAGUAAAUCGGAUGCACCUCCUCCACCAAAAAAAGUUAUUCUCAACCGAAAUAACAGUUGUAGUUUAGAGACAACAAAGCCAGUUGCUGUUAACAAAGUACCAGAGCAAAAAGUAGAAAGUAAGAAUGGCGGCACCAAGCCAGAAGAUAGUAACGAUGACAAAAGUGCAAAAACUGUUAUAAAACUAUCACAAUUGACUGCUAAGGAGAGACUUGAAAUGAGAACAAAGAAAUUUGGGGUAUUAGCAGUUACCCCUGAUAUAAAGAAAGCAGUUAGAGCAGAAAGAUUCGGAUUAAGUGAUAAUUCUGCAAGCAGUAUUACAACUGGCAAUACAGCUCCAAGUGUUGAUGUUUUACAAAAAAGAGCUGCUAGAUUUGGUGUAUCAGUAUCGAGUGCUUUGUCAAGUUUAGAGAAUCAAGACAAACUAGAGAAAAGAAAAGCAAGGUUUGGAACUGCUUCUGUUACAAAUGGUACUACUACAGUGACUGCAUCAGAUAAGGCAAAAGAAAGAAUAGAAAGAUUCAAGCAACCAGUAUCAUAAUUUCUUGGUGUAUAAAAAGUGAGAUAGGUUUGUAAGACUGUUAUGUUUUUCUAUCACUAAAUCAUUAUUGUAAGAAUCACAACUUGUGAUCAUCACAAGCCAGUUAUUUUUUUUUUUGUAAAUUUGUUUUGUACUUUCAUUGUCUCUAAAUCUGUGUAUUCUAAACAACGUACAUUGAUAACUUAAUUUUUUUUAUAAAUAUCUAUAUUAGAUGCCAGCAACUAUAUCUGUUAAUUAGAAGUUUUUACUUUGUGAGUCACCACACUCCAGGGGUUAUGUUUUUUGUAUUUAAUAAUUUUCAUAGUUAAAAAUAACUACAGUCCUAAUUAUAAUGGUAAUCAACUUUUCUAGUAGAGCAUGUACAAUAAAUGAUGUUUAUGGUUGAUGAAAAUAAUGAUAAAACAAAUGUGUAAAAAUAUGAACUUUCAUAAAAUAAUUCAGUCUUAAAAUUGUAUGGAACUGAUGUUUGUAUAGAAAACUGUACAAAUGAAUAGGGUAUAAAAUGUGUUAAGUGUAGAAUGUUUAUUUUUUACAUUUUAUAGAAAUUACGAUUUUGAUUCUUCUUUUUUAUCAGAUGUAUUUAUUUGCAGUAGAAAUGAAUUUUUCACAAUAAUGCGUUUUAGUUUCCUGUAGACCUUUAUGAAGACUGCUUUGAACUAGGGUAAGAAACCAAAAUAUUGGAUGGAUGCUGUUAGCCAUUAAGCCUCAAAAACAAGUCUUAAUGCAGCAAUUAUCUGCAGAACCCUUUUUUGCAGGUUCAAGAAGAUAUUUUCGACAGAUGACAAAUGUUGUUUUCUAGUUUAAAAGCAUUACAAAAUUGAAAUAUGUCUAUAGCCCAUUCAUUAGAAAAUACAAUGUGGCUAGACAUAGUUUGAUUCAAUAUACAGGGUGUCUGCAAAGUUGAGGUUUUCCUUCACACGACGCGUGAGAAAAUAAGCGGACUUUUUUAGUAAAACUCAAUCAAACCUGAGCUAAACCGAAGCCGGUCUGAUCCCUCGAUCACAUCCACCGCGCCAUAGUAGUUAUACGACUACGAUGUAAAUACGCUAGUAUGCAACCUAGACGCCGGUAGUGUAGGUCAACAAACCAUUACAUUGGUAACUGAUUGCCGUUCAAAAUAUAAAAAAUGGUACACUCAUACCCCAACAGCGAACUAGUCGACAUGCUGUUAAUUUGCGGUGAGUGUCUUCACAAUUCGACCGAGGCUUCGCGAGCUUAUGCAGAUCGCUUUUCCAGACGUCAUCAAUGCCCCGUAGAUUUGUUUACCUUGUGCGGAGACUCAGGGACACGGCUCGUUUGGAGGAAUGUCGAGGUCGGCAAAGUGGGAGACCUAGGCAACCCCAAAUGGUGCAAACUGAGGAAGAAGUACCGAAUCUCGUAGGCGAGAAUCCUUCAACAAGCUAGACAAGUGCAAGUGUCGAAGACUAAAGUGUGGCAAACACUGCAUGAUGAGGGAUUGUACCCGAUUCACGUGCAGCGUGCGGUUUUGUAAGUGGUUGUUGCACCAAAAUGACAAUAAUCCGGACUUUUUGAAGUGCAUAUUAGUCACAUACGAAUCCACGUUCAUGCGUAACGGGGUGAAUAACUUCAGCAAUACUCAUGUGUGGUCAGUAGAAAAUGCUCACGCUGUCCGUCGGUCACACUUUCAACAAACAUUUUCUGUGAAUGUUUGGGCUGGCUUGGUAAACGGCAUGCUCAUUGGACCAUUUAUUCUCCCGAAUCGGUUGGACAAUACCUAGGUUUUUACAGGACAUUUUACCAAGCCUGCUAGAAGAUGUGCCUUUGAGUGUAAGACGAUCAAUGUGGUUUCUCCAUGACGGUGCACCGCCCCAUUUUAGACGCGAAGUGCGCGAGUUCUUAAAUGAAUCAUUUCCGAAUAGGUGGAUCGCACGUAAUGGACCCGUAGCAUGGCCUCAGCGAUCUCCAGACUUAACACGGUGUGACUUUUUUCUUGGGGGCGAAAUGAAACGCUUUGUGUACAAAACUGAGGUGCACACGGUUAACGAAUUACGUCUGAUAAUUGAGCAAGCUGCUGCAUUCAUUCGGGGAAGGGACUCCACUCUAAAAGCCAGCACCGUUGCUUGGCUACGCACGCACAUGUGUUUUCGAAUCCAACGGCGACAACUUCGAACAGUACUUAUAAAAUACGUUCACCAAGAAAAAGUAAAACCGACGUCAUAUUUUCGAUCUCUUGUUUGUUAUUGUUGUUACAUGUGCUCCUCGGAUUUUACGACAGAGCCGUACUUGGAAUUUCAAUUCAAUUGAACUGUGAGUACUUUUUCAUUAUUUUUUUUUUACUUGUUCGCUCACGUUUCACCACACAUUAGCCUUGUUAUAUCAAACGUAGUUUUGUCUGAACAGGAAAACCCCAACUUAAAAGUGAAAGCAAUGGAACUUUUACGGAUCCUUUUAAGAAAUCAUGCAAAAACGUUGCUUACACUUCAAAGAAAGUAGAUAACAUUUUACUUUGCAGCGUGAAAAUUUCUUUCGUGUAUUUUUCAGAAAAAUUGUUCAUUUAAAAUGUAUUUCACUAUAGGAAUGUCCAAAGAUUUAUUUUUCUAUUUUUAAAGGUAAAAUAACGCUUGAUUCGAUAUAUUUUGUGACCCAUCACAAAAUAUCUAAAUAAAUAUUCAUGGCUAUUCCUCCAUGCUAUAGAACACUGACCACUCGCCAGUACUUGUGGUCUAAUGUUCUGCAGUCCUAGUCAAAAUGUUUAGCCAUUCGUUAUUAUACCAAGUAUGUCACAACGAACGCUUACUUAUUCACUGUAGUAUAACUCAAAUUUACAUCCAGUUCAUCUAAUAUUUGUAAAUGUCUAUUUUACUAUUUUGUGUAUCUCGUCUCGUGUAUACAUCUGAACAGCUUCCUAAUUAUUUCUAUGCAAAUAAAAUGUUUUAUUGCUGUGAUAAUUGAAUGUUACAUAAGCAUUAUAAGAACGUCAUAGUGUAUUGCUUAUUAAAAUUGUCAACACAUUAGAAAUU